GAUGUGCGUUCCUCUCCCCUCCGCAGAUAAGAACCCGGCCCUGGAGAUCCGAUACCGGCACAAGAAAUCCAAGGACAAGGAGCGGGAGGGCGAGCGGGAUCGGGCGGAGAAAGACGAGCUGAGGAAGAAAGCCCAGGAGCUGGCCCUGGAUCAGAGCCGUGGGUCCAAAUUCUCUCCUCCGCAACAGCAAAUUAAGCGCUCGGCACGGAUGUGUGGCGAGUGCGAGGCGUGCCGGCGGACAGAGGACUGCGGCCAGUGUGACUUCUGCCGUGACAUGAAAAAAUUCGGAGGGCCCAAUAAAAUUCGUCAGAAAUGCCGUCUGCGACAGUGCCAGGUCCGGGCGCGGGAGUCAUAUAAGUAUUUCCCAGCCUCGCAGAUGCUGCGGGGCCGGGACGAGGACUUGCAGAUGCUGAAGGAGCAGUUGGAAUCGUCUGCCACUCCCGAGCCCCUGUCGGACGACGACCUCCCGAUUGACCCCGACUUGUACCAGGAGUUCUGUGCUGGGGCCUUCGACGAUCAGAACCUGCCCCCCCGGCAGAAGGAGGAGAAGUACAAGCGCCACAAGCAGAAGCAGAAGCACCGGGACCGGUCGCGGCACACGGAACGGCCAGACGCCAAGGACCCGGCCUCGCUGCACCAGUGCCUGGGCCCCGGCUGCGUCCAGCCCGCCCGGCUGGCGUCCAAGUACUGCUCCGAGGAGUGCGGCAUGAAGCUGGCUGCCAACCGGAUCUACGAGAUCCUGCCGCAGCGCAUCCAGCAGUGGCAGCGGAGGACUCCAGGGUUUUCUCCCUGGCUGGCCUGUACUCGGGGAUCCCCCUCCAGCGCCCUCCCUGCUCUCCUCCCACAGACCAACGAGGGAGACAGCGACGAUACCGACCUGCAGAUCUUCUGCGUCUCCUGCGGGCAUCCCAUCAACCCCAAGGUGGCACUGCGCCACAUGGAACGUUGCUACGCCAAGGUACCCCGCCCUGCCCGCGGCCCCCUAGCUGCAGCAUUGUACUGUGCUGCGGGGCCCGGGAAACAGACUCUCCCCUCGCCCCUGCUCUGGCUCAUCGCCCGGCUGAACGAGUCUUUUCCAUGCGGCUGUUCUACAGCUACCCCGCCCCAGAGCUGGCUGCAUCGCCCGGCUGAAUGAGUCAUCCCCGUGCCGCGUUCCAUGCGGCUGUUCUCCAGCUACCCCGCCCCAGAGCUGGCUGCAUCGCCCGGCUGAAUGAGUCAUCCCCGUGCCGCGUUCCAUGCGGCUGUUCUCCAGCUACCCCGCCCCAGAGCUGGCUGCAUCGCCCGGCUGAAUGAGUCAUCCCCGUGCCGCGUUCCAUGCGGCUGUUCUCCAGCUACCCCGCCCCAGAGCUGGCUGCAUCGCCCGGCUGAAUGAGUCAUCCCCGUGCCGCGUUCCAUGCGGCUGUUCUCCAGCUACCCCGCCCCAGAGCUGGCUGCAUCGCCCGGCUGAAUGAGUCAUCCCCGUGCCGCGUUCCAUGCGGCUGUUCUCCAGCUACCCCGCCCCAGAGCUGGCUGCAUCGCCCGGCUGAAUGAGUCAUCCCCGUGCCGCGUUCCAUGCGGCUGUU